ACUGAAGCGAGAGAGAGAGGGAGAGGAUGCUGAAACACUGAAGGCUGUGCCAGGACCACAGUCAGUCCUACUAUCAGCGUUCAAGAUCCUGGAAAUGUGCAGGUUUAUCUGUCAUGGAUGCAAAUAUGAUACCAAAAUUCACCACUAAAGAGGAGGAAAUUGACUUCUGGAAAGCUCUUUCGCUCAAGUACAAAAAAAGUUAUAAGGAGGCACAGGAGGAGUUGCUGGAGUUUCAAGAGGGGAGCAGAGAGCUGGAAACCGAGCUGGAGACACAACUGGGCCAAGCGGAACAUCGCAUCAGAGACCUGCAGGCGGACAAUCAGAGACUGCAGCAUGAGCUCGACUCGCUCAAGGAGAAGCUGGAGUAUCAGUAUGCUCAGAGCUAUAAACAGAUCUCUGUGCUGGAGGAUGACCUUAGCCAGACUCGAGGCAUCAAGGAGCAGCUGCAUAAAUAUGUCCGAGAGUUAGAGCAGGCCAAUGACGACCUGGAGAGAGCUAAGAGAGCCACCAUAACAUCUCUGGAGGACUUUGAGCAGAGGCUGAACCAGGCCAUCGAGAGGAACGCUUUUCUGGAGAGUGAACUGGAUGAGAAAGAGUCUCUCCUCGUGUCUGUGCAGAGACUAAAAGAUGAAGCCAGAGAUUUGCGGCAAGAGCUUGCAGUGAGAGACACCAGGUCAGAGGUGACAAGAAUGUCGGCUCCUAGCUCUCCGACUCCAGAUAACGACAAAACAGACUCUGCGGUCCAGGCAUCCCUCUCUCUGCCUGCUACACCUCUUAGCAAGAACCUGGACAAUGCUUUCACCAGUCAGACAGUUCUGGCCAACGGCUCCACUAACGCAGCCCUCACACCAUCUGCUAGAAUAUCAGCGCUCAAUAUUGUGGGCGAUUUACUGCGCAAAGUUGGGGCUUUGGAGUCUAAGCUCGCGGCCUGUCGAAAUUUCGCAAAGGACCAGGCAGCCAGGAAGAACUACGUCACCAACGUCAACGGCAAUCUGAUUAAUGGCGACAUUUCAAAUUACUCUCAUUCGCUCCACACAUCCUACUUCGACAAAGCCAGGACGGUGAACGGUUUGGAUCCCGGCGACAUGAAGAACAUCCCAGCCCCGCCACGCUCCAACUCUCCAUCCGGCCUGGUCCUCAGCGUAUAAAACACACUCUGAGUUUUACAUUUACAACCACUAUACAGCAAUAUAAUACACUACUGAAGCUGAGUCCACCCUACAGUGGGGUUUACAACAAGGUUAGAAACUGGAGCCCUUCUGUAGCUGCACCUCAUAACUCGGUUAUAAUCUCGGUUCGCAAUAUACUACACGAAGUACUUGUUAAUAGUUGUUAAAGAUGUACAGUAUAUACCCUGACCUAAUAUAUUUAUGGUUACCGUUCAUUUAGGAUUUAUGUACAUAUUUAGGUUUUCUGUUCGUUAUGGAUGUGAUGUCUUCUAACACAGUCCAAAAAUGUAUUUAUUGCUAUAAUGUUGGAUCGCAACGUAUGUGAAAUUUGAAAACAAAGGGAAUCUAUGAUAUUAAUGUAUGUUGUGCGACACCUGCACCUGUUUGUGUAAGAAGGUAGACCUGAUAUAUAACGAUAUACUGUAUAAUUGAUGGAAAAUGGAUGACUAUCUAGACUUACAUGUGCACUUAUGUCAUUUUUAUCCCCGGUUAUACUUUUUUAUUAUUAUUAUUAAGUGCUAAUGUGUGCCUCGGAUGGUUGAACUUGCUGUAUUUUUGUGGCCUGGUGUGAAGCGUCUUUGGAGUUGCACAUGAAGGAUUGAAUUUGGCUUUAGCAGGUUUGUAUUGGAACACUGGUUUUGGUCAUUCUGACAAUCGACUGCUGUAGUAAUACUGUAUAAUACAUUUGCUAUCGAGUAUCAGGCUGGUUUCCCAGCCUCAUAGUGUUUGUAUGGAUUUUCAUACCUUAUUUGUCUCCUUGUUGUGAAUGAGAAAUCUUACUCGUUUUGCUUUGGAUAGUGCAAUGUGUUCUCAAAAGCACCUUUUGUUACUUUAUCUGUUGCUCAAAUAAAUUGUAGUGUUCUCA